AUGCACUCCCUCGCCAUUAGAUCCCUCGUCGCAGGGCUUCUGGUAUCACCAUUCCUACUGACAAUAGCAGUAGAACCACAGAAUGCAAGUUCUCUUUAUCCAGAGCUUUACGCAGUACACUCCGAUUCAACACCCGUCUUCCAGAACAUCACCGGAAAGACUGCCAAUCCAUUGGUCCGCGUUCUCCAAGGCGCCGGAGUCGGCAGAGUUCUUAAAAAGCGAGCCAAUGGACUCCCAAUUGGAACAUGUGCUCCGGGUACACCGUGCUCGAAUGGAGCAUGUUGUAGCAAGACAGGAGUAUGUGGAUUCUCUCCGGAUCAGUGUGGACAGGAUAACUGCAUUUCAAACUGCGACGCGAAAGCAGAGUGCGGCCAAUAUGCGGCUGCAGGACAUGCCACUUGUCCAAUCAACGUCUGCUGUUCUAAAUUCGGCUUCUGUGGGACAACAGAGGAAUUUUGCGGCACUGGCUGCCAGUCAGGGUUUGGUGGAUGCGGCCCUGCGGUCAAGCCCUCCUGUGGUGGACAGAGUGCGACGCAGCGGACAAUCGGUUACUAUGAGGGCUGGGCAGCCACACGAGUUUGCGACAAACGGUUCCCAUCUGAUCUCGAUGUCAGUGGUUUGACGCAUAUAAAUUUUGCAUUCGCCUACUUCCAUCCUAGUAACUUUGAGAUUUUGCCUAUGAGUGAGGAGGAUGUUGCGUUAUACCCCAAGUUCACAGCCCUGAAGGAAAGAAAGCGCUCUCUGAAAGCAUGGAUUUCGAUCGGUGGUUGGGCCUUUAAUGACGCAACUAACGCCCCUAAUACUCAAACUGCAUUCAGUGAUAUGGCAGGAAGUGCUGCCGGCCGCCAGAAGUUUGCACAAUCCUUGAUUAAUUUUAUGGCCACAUGGGGUUUCGACGGGGUUGACCUAGACUGGGAGUAUCCGGGAGCUGAUGACCGUGGUGGAAAUACAGCCGAUACAGCAAACUUUGUCCUUCUCUUGAAAGAUCUCAGGGAUGCGUUUGGAGGUCAAUAUGGGCUGAGUGUCACCUUGCCGGCCUCAUACUGGUAUUUGCGAUGGUUUGACCUUCCAUCGAUGCAAAACUAUCUUGACUUCUUUAAUAUCAUGACAUAUGAUAUUCACGGAGUGUGGGACUCAAAUAACAAGAAUACAGGACCAUAUGUUCGUCCCCAUACAAACCUGACUGAGAUACAUCUUGGCCUCGACCUCUUAUGGAGAAACAACGUUGACCCUAGCAUGGUCAACAUGGGGAUCGGGUGGUACGGACGGUCAUUUACUCUACAAGACCCGCAAUGCAAUAAGCCUGGGUGUAUAUUCUCAUAUGGCGGAAAGGCUGGAGAAUGCACCAAGUCAUCUGGUACCCUGUCAAAUGCGGAAAUUCAGCGCAUUAUUAGCAAGCACAAUAUUGUGCCUACGGUGGAUCAAGACGCCGGGGUGAAGUGGAUCACAUUUGAUAAUGACCAAUGGGUGUCAUAUGACGAUGGUGAGACGAUGCAAAUUAAGAUGAACGCUGCAAAUCGGCUAUGUCUGGGUGGAACUUUAAUAUGGUCCAUUGAUCAGGAUAGUUCGACUCAUUCUAGCAGUAACGACCUUGCUGGUCUAGGCCUAGCAAAUGGCAUUUCUGCUGAGGAAGCAGCAUUAGCGAAAGAAAUUUGGAAACAGGCAGAUAGAACUGCCACUGUCCGUAAUACAUGUCAUUGGUCAGCUUGUGGCGAGGGCUGUGGACCUGGAUACUUUGCGGAAACAUAUGCCAAAGGUCAGUCUGUGGGUAUCCGACGAGAAACGGCAUGCCCUGGGGAUGAAGUGAAAACAUUAUGCUGCGCUACAGGGACAAAGAUUGGCACUUGUGCCUGGCACGGAUGGAGAGGCGUCGGUAUGCCCUGUGUCUCCAAUUACUGUCCCAAAAGCAUGGAAGUGAUUGCGGUAAAUACAAACUCGUACCAAGAUAGGUCCGAUGAGGGAACAAUUUUGGACUUAACAUGUAAUGGUGGUACACAGUCAUACUGUUGUUCUGGCUUUGUCUCGUCCCCUUAUUUGGACCUGAGAGGCCAAAAGUCAAUUUCAAGAAAGUCCAUUAAAAGCCAGACUGACCCAACGUGUUCCAAAAGCCUUAGUUGUUGUAUAGACGAGCGGUACAGCUUUAGGGCACUAAUAGCCUGGUACAGUACUGGUGCAUCUGAAGAGUAUGCCGGAAUGAUCGCGAAUACAAUCGGACAAGGAGCACUCGGACCAAACGGGCGUCGUACAGGAAAAGUCCCAAAUCUCGAAAUUAAUAUCAACCCUAAGAAACCACCACAGGGGAAGCCUCGCCAACGACUGCCUAUGCGUGGGCGAUAUACAAUGACUCAAUACAAGAAAAAGGAUAAAGACUGUUCCGUCACUUACACUUGUGAAUAUGGGCAUGGCUUUGAUGAGGUAUGCGACAAUCAGCGCUGGGCAAUCGAUAAGGGCCUUGGUGGAAAGACAGUCUAUCAUAAGCACAUGGGCAAAAGGCCCGGAAGGACAGACAAAGACAAUUGGUCCAAAUUGGACAGACUACAGGAAUAUUAUACGCUGGCUAAAGACAACCCUGACCCCAAUAGUCGUGAGCGCUGUGAGCUUGACGAGUUUCCCAUGGCAGCUCUUGAAGAAGGCAUUAACGGCCAAUACCAAGUAGUACGAUUGAUAAAUGGCAAUGCAAAUGGAAAUCAAGGCCACGAUUGGAAUAUGUGGGUAUCGGCCAUAUAUAGACCUUGCCUUCGUCUUCGCGAAGGUUUGGGCUUGCCACCACCACCAGUCACCUGGGCAUUUGGCGCAUUCCCUGAAGGAGACGAUCGCGCCUCGGGGGUUGGGGGGCACUUCAUUAAGGCUUAUGGCUUUGACUCACAAACUAGAGAAAGCCUGUGCUGGGCUACCUACACAUACGCAAUAAACGAUGCCACAUACACCUCGACUGUUUCCGACCAAGGGUUCCGCGCCAAGCUUGAUGACCCCAUGUUCAAAGCUCCAUAUAACUGGCCUACGUUCAAUCACUAUAACAAACCCCCGUCAUCACCCGAUAACCUUCCAAAAGACGUAUUUGACUCUCAAUGGUGGAAAAGAGAGGUUGCGCGAGGUGUCCUUCAGAAGGAUCUACCUAUAUCAGCCAUUUACGAAGCCGAGAAGAUAUCCAUGGCUCUAGAUGCCCAAGCUAAGGCCCGAACCCCAACCCCAACUCCAGUUCUGGUCGACCUUGCCUACAGCAAUGACGUGGAAAGUCAAAGGCCUGCUUUGAACAAUAUGCCGGUUGAGACAGGUACUGUGGAUAUGACUGCAAAUCAGGAAAGGCGAAAGCGUCAUCUGAGGAGACAUCAGAUGGGGUAUAAGCAUAAUCCAUAG